UCUAUCAUCCAAGCUUGUUGUGAGGAUUGAAUUAAUUCGCAUCAAGUACUUGCAACACUGCCUGGAACACAUUAAUGUUUAUCUUUUCUGUUUUGUUUUUAUUUAGCUCAAUAAAUGUUUGUCUUUUUUGUUAUUACUAUUCCUGCUUGAAUUCUUCUUAGAAAACUAUGCUAUAAAACUCUGAGGUGGUGGUGAUCAACAUCAAUAGGCUCAAUUAUAUCAUUCAUUUCUGUACCAAGCAUAAAUGCAGAAAAUCUGGUAUCCUAGAAUCUGCUUUGAAUAGAAUGUGUUUGAAUAGAAAACUGAAAGUAUAUUUAAAUGUUGACCCAGAACUGGUUUCUUGAGGCCUGCUUCAAAGUCUAUAUUGACAGUAUUGGAUACACAAGCAUCUUGAUCCCUUAGCACUGUUGCAGUUUCUAAGUGCGUUAUUCAUAUUACAUUUCAGGAUCCUGAAAUUUGUAAUUUCUGAAACUGUUUCAAAACCAUCCUGUUUUAUAGAAUACUGUCUAUAGUGUGGCUGGAAAAAGCAAAUUGAUAGCAAUAGGACAAACAAAAGGCAUUCUGAGCAAUAUGUUCCAGCACUCUCCCGGUAAGGGGAAGUCUUAGAUCUAGCUGUUCUAAUAGCGUUUAAAAGUGCAUUUUGCAGUAGUUUGCUCAGGCCAUCAUAGCAAGGUCCCACAGACCAGCUGGCUUAAACAAUAGAAAUUUAUUGUCUCACGAUCCCGGAGGCUAGAAGUCAGAAAUCAGUGUGUCAGCAGGAUUGGUUUCUUCUGAGGCCUCUGUCUUUGACUCGGAGAUGGCCAUCUUCCACCUGCAUCUUCACGUGGUCUUUCCCUGUCCCAUGUUUGUGUCCAAAUUUCCUCCUCUUAUAAAGACACAGCCCUAUUAGAUUAUGGCCCACCCUAAUAACUUCAUUUAAACUUAAUUACCUCUUUAAGGACCCUGUCUCCAAAUGCAUCACAUUCGGAGGUGCCUGGAGAUCAGGACUUCAACAUAUGAAUGAGGGCAGGCACCCAAUUUAGUCCAAACAUUUAAAUUGUAACACAUAGACACGUCAGGAUCCAAAUAGUCCGGAAUAUCGUUUAUCUUCAACUGAAAGAUUGAUUUGACAUAUGUAGUAAAGCUUAUAUUGCUUAGUGCUGUAGAAUUCAAUAAAAUGAGAUUUGUUUUUAUGCCUUGGUUUUAGAAUCUUUGUAAAUAAUAAUAGCAAAAACAGCUCUCUUAGGUAAAUGUACAAAAGAUAUGCUUUCUAGGUCAGAAAAUUAUCUUCUAAUAGUAUUUUGACAUGUUUUUCUCCCCUAGCCUAAUCCUAAAAUGCCAAAAGUGGAAUGAGAGGUAUCACACUCUUAUCCCCAGAUGCAUAAAUAACGCUUCUGGAAAACCAGAAGCGCCAGAGGCUGGAGAAACCUCAAUCUUUUUGAGAUAGUCAAGCAUUGGACACUUUUCCACCAUGCUGAUGGCAUUUUGAGUAUAUUUGUCAAUUUUCCCAAAUUUUAACUGAAGAAAACCUUGAGAACUUAUACUUGAGGACUAAAGUGUGACCACCAAUUAUCAGGCUUUCAGGAUGAAUCUGGAAAAACUCAGCAAGCCUGAACUCCUAACACUAUUCAGUAUUCUUGAAGGAGAGCUUGAAGCAAGGGACCUUGUGAUAGAGGCUUUAAAGGCCCAACACAGAGAUACUUUCAUUGAAGAACGCUAUGGAAAAUACAACAUCAGUGAUCCUUUAAUGGCCCUGCAGAGAGACUUUGAAACACUGAAGGAGAAAAAUGAUGGCGAGAAGCAGCCGGUCUGCACAAACCCACUCUCUGUUCUUAAGGUGGUGAUGAAGCAAUGCAAGAACAUGCAGGAACGCAUGCUGUCCCAGCUGGCCGCGGCCGAGAGCAGGCACCGGAAGGUGAUCCUAGACCUUGAGGAAGAAAGGCAGAGGCACGCACAGGACACAGCUGAAGGAGAUGAUGUCACCUACAUGCUGGAGAAGGAGAGAGAGCGGCUGACCCAGCAGCUGGAAUUUGAGAAGUCCCAAGUGAAAAAGUUUGAGAAGGAGCAGAAGAAGCUGUCCAGUCAGCUGGAGGAGGAGCGCUCCCGCCACAAGCAGCUCUCGUCCGUGCUGGUGCUCGAGUGCAAGAAAGCCACCAGCAAGGCAGCCGAGGAGGGGCAGAGGGCGGGAGAGCUGAGCCGGAAACUGGAGAAGGAGAAGAGCCGGGUGAGCCAGCUGGAGGAAGAGCUGGCCGCGGAGCGGAAGCGAGGCUUGCAGACAGAAGCCCAGGUGGAGAAGCAGCUGUCUGAGUUCGACAUCGAAAGAGAGCAGCUGAGGGCAAAACUGAACCGAGAAGAGAACCGGACCAGAACUCUAAAAGAAGAGAUGGAAAGUUUGAAGAAGAUCGUGAAGGAUCUGGAGGCUUCUCACCAGCAUAGUAGCCCUACUGAGCAAUCCAAGAAACCGGUAACCGUAUCUAAGGGCACAGCGACUGAGUCUCCUGUGCUGGUGUCUGUAUUUUGCCAAACGGAAGGUUUCCAGGCAGAAAGAACCCACGGGAGCAACGUAGCCAAGGUGCUGACCACUGGGAUGCCUGGCCCCACCACUCCUACUUACUCUUAUGCAAAAACCAAUGGCCAUUUGGAGCCCGAGAUACAAACUGCCAAGGAGUCGGUUACAGGCAGCAGUGUGGAAAACCAAGUGCCUCCACGAGAGAGGUCUGUGGGGUUGGCCCAAGAGAAAGCAGUGGAGAAUGGCGGGUGUCCUGUGGGAAUUGAGACUCCUGUCCCAGCACCUGGUCACCUCCCGUCCAGCGGGGGCUCGCUGUCUCCCAGCAGCACCGCCUCCUCCUCUCUCACAUCCUCUCCUUGUUCCUCCCCAGUGCUAACUAAGCGCUUGCUGGGGUCCUCAGCCAGCAGCCCCGGCUACCAGUCAUCCUACCAAGUAGGGAUCAACCAGCGGUUCCAUGCAGCGCGGCACAAAUUUCAGUCCCAAGCAGAUCAGGACCAACAGGCCAGUGGUCUGCAGAGCCCUCCAUCCAGGGACCUGUCUCCCACGCUCAUAGACAACUCUGCCGCCAAGCAGCAGGCCCGCAACACAGUCACUCAGGUGCUCUCCAGGUUCACUAGCCAGCAAGGGCCGAUCAAGCCCGUCUCCCCCAACAGCUCUCCCUUUGGCACAGACUAUCGGAAUCUGGCCAGCACUGCCACCUCGAGAGGGGACACCAGCCAUUCCCCUACUCCAGGGAAAGUGUCCAGUCCACUGAGCCCUCUGUCUCCGGGGAUCAAGUCCCCCACCAUCCCCAGAGCUGAGAGAGGACACCCGCCUCCCAUCCCACCCAAAAAACCGGGCCUCACUCCCUCUCCAUCCACUACCACUCCAUUGACCAAAACCCCUUCCCAGGCCUCCUCCUUGGCCGCCGCAGAAGACCUAGCCGGCAGCUGCUGUUCAAAUGCCGUUGUGGCUAACGGCAAGGACGUCGAGAUCCUUCUGCCUACCAGCAGCUAGUCCCUAGCGGGAGGCUCCACGUCUGACAUUCCACCAGAUUUCGUCCAAGAGCUCAGAGUCAAACCGUUGAGUCAGAUCAUGUUAUUUAUUUUGAUAGUAGCUGAAACCAUCUGUAUAAUACAUUUAGUGUGUUUCACCUUUUUGUAUUUUUUUAAGUAGAAACCGAGUAGUUUGGAUUUGUAUGACUCACACCUUUGUACUAACGCGGGAAGGGCACCUCAAAGACAUCUCCAGCUCGGCAGUCACCGACCUGUUGUGAUGGAGAAAGCUAAUUGAGUACCAGGUGGUGAUUUGCUAUUUUGGGACUAGAAUCACUCAACACUCAUUUUGAAUUAUGCAGAAAGUGGUUCGUGUAAAUUUUUAUUCCAGAUGAACGUGUUUAAAAAGUGCCUGAAAUAAGACUGCCAUAUGAAUGUGAUUCUGCAGCGAAAACACAAAAUGGAUCAUCUAAUUGCAGAAAAUGAGAUCCUCCGUGAAUCCUGAAUGUUAAAAACCAACACUGCUUUUAAUCCUCUUUUGCUGUUUUUAAUAUAAGCUCUGUGUCCAGAAACAAGGCUGCAUCAGUAGGAUGGGAAUCCUGAAGGUGGUUGUGGACUCCCCACAAAGCUGAGCUUUAUAGAGCCCUUGAGAAACCCUCCUGAGCAGUAAGCAGCUGGGGUGCCGAUUUUCUUGUACUUCUGAAAAAUUAAGUCACUCCCAGUUUCCUGCAUAAAUUCUUGAAUGGAAUGAAAUCACAUCUCCUUUCAAAAAAUGUCUUCGGGCAUCUACUGUUGUGUAAGGAACUUCUGAUUCCAGUCGCUAUUACUUGAAUAGAAAAUGGCUACUCAUUCUGUAUAAAAGUUUUUCAACAGAAUGAGAUCUUUAUUCUGUAAUCAAAAAGCAAUAACUGAAAAGUCACUCUCUUUGUAAUAUUAUAAGUCAGAAUUAUACAGGUUUUACCAAUAUUAUUACACUUCUUCUCCGAGCUGCCAACACUUGGUGUCUAUAUCUGUGGAACCAAAUUAACUUUUCCCUAAAUGGAAGAAUGUGUGUGUGUGUGUGUGUGUAUAUAUAUAUAUAUAUAUACACACACACACACACACACACACACAUAUACAUAUAUAUAUAUAUGUAUAGAUACACACCCCUUUACGUGUUUAACAUACACACACUUAAACACAUAAAUAUUAGCGUGAUUCUAUCUUUGGAGUUUGCAAUAUAGCAUAAAGGACGAGUAGACAUGCACAUUAAGAUUACCUGUCACAGCAACUAGAUGCAGCUGGGACCCAAUCAGUCAAAGGAGGAAUCUUGUCCACAGGGACGUGGGGAAAUUCCAAAUGAAGUCAGGUCUUCAGCAUCAUGAAAAACCAGAGCCAAACUCACCCCAGCAUCACAAAACUCCACUGGCCAGGUCACUCAAUCAAGCGCUGUAAGACAGCCAGGAGAGGGGGAGCUGUAGCAAACGGAAGUGCCCAGGCCCCCUGUGAAAGGAAAGGGCCACCCCUGUUGAGCUCCAGCUGCUUGCUGCCGUGCAAUAGUGUUAGCCCAGGGUUACCAGCUCCUCCAAUUUGGGGGAAAGCCAGAUUUUCAUAGAAACAUUCUCAUUUUUAAAUAUCAAAACAGAUUCAAAGACAAUUUUAAACUUCUGGUUAAACACUUGUGCAGCUGGGUUUAGCUCAGAAGCUGACAAGUUGCAACCUCAUUCGUUCUAGAAACUUCCAGCAUUUGCAUCGUUGUGAGUUUGUGAGGACAGACACCCCCACUCUCCAACUUGUAGGCUAGUACAGCUGACAGAGGCUAUAGAAUAUAAUGAGGAUCCUCGUCUUCCAAACAAGACUUUGCAACCCAGCUCAAACAAGGUGGUUAUAUGAUUUGUCCACGGAUGGAGAGGCCUUGGUGUCCUCACAUACAUUCUCCCUAGCCAGUGUCUACCCAGAAGCCCUGCCCUGCUAUAAUUUGAAUCUACUUCUUCCCAAUCCAAUAUGAAUUGAUGGGGGGACAGGCAGGUGAUGGAAAUCAAUGUAUAAAUCACAAUUGGUGUCUCCAGGGCUUACGGUUUGAUUAAGGCCAAUACAGAAAAAAUUAAAAUACUACUAAUGGCCCAGGGCAUCUACCAAAUGAUGAAGGUGGUAUCUCAGAAAUCGCCCAAAGCGAUCAUGCAUGAAAUUUUAUUCCCACGCAUAGCCAAAUGAAGUGUUGAUGAUAAAAUAGCUGAACUUUUUAAACAGGAGAGGGGGCUAUAGCCCCAGAGUUUUAUUACCUCUCUUGCUUUAAAUGGUAAUCUUAAAAGUUGCAUUGUGCUCUUCCUUUGUUUUGGCAUAGAUAUAUAUAUAGAGAGAGAAAUACUAUAAGGAGGUUUAUUUCUUAGGAAAUGCACUGAAUAAUGUAUUUCUUUUACAGUGUAAUAUGGGGGUGGGGGAAAUGCAAAAGAAACGUGUAUUUUUGCUAGUUGCCUAUCUUCUAAGAUAAAUAAGCACAAUAUUGCAAUGGAUCCAAUACUCCAGUUAGGUAUUCUAGAUUAGUAUUUAAAUUUGCUGUAGAUUGUGUGUGUGCUAAGUAAAAGUUCCAUGAUUCACAAUUUCGGUAUUAACCCAUGUUGUGAAAGCUGUGUUACUACUCAACAGAUUAUAAUGGAUGUGCGACACAUAACACAAGCAUUAACUAAAUCAUCGUUUGUAAAGCCAAAUGUACCAUGCAGAAGUCUUCAUCCACUUUUAUAGCAGACUACAUUAAAACAAGUUAAAUCA